GCGGCCCUGCAGGAACUGCAGCGAGUGGUCGGUGAGCAGGCAGCCCAGAUCCAGAGACUGACGGAGGGCGCCCAGAGGCCAGAAGCAGGGGCCGACGACAAACGGCCCGAGAUUACCGUGGACACGAAGAUCCUGAGCAGGAUUGGGAUCUUCUCGGGCGCUGAUGAGGAAUGGAGGCAGCGGUGCUUCGUGUUCGAAUCGACGGCAGGGCUCGUCGACCUAGAGCAGAUCAUGACGCACUGCGAGGUCACAGAGGAGACUGAGCUAGGCUGGGCAACACAGUCGGAGAGGGCCCAGCUGAGAAUGAAGGUGCUGUACCACCUGCUGAUCGCCACGACGAGAGGCAAGGCCCUCGCGAUUCUCCAGAUGGCGCCGAAGAACAACGGUGCCAUAGACUGGAAAAGGUUGAAGGAAGAGUACGAGCCGAAAUCGGGCGGAAGGCUGACGGCGAUGCUCAUGGGAGCGCUGAAGCCCGAGUGGGAGACGGCCAUCAGGGGCGGCAUCCGCACCUGGGAGGCAGCCUGGAAGGGGUGGGAGAAGAGCGUCUCGCUCUACGAGGCCCAGUGCCUGGAGAGAGUCACGGAAGGCACGAGGAUUGUUGUCGUGGCCAGGUGGGCUCCAGAGGACGUGAAGGCCGUGGUCCGCCAAGCCCUGGGGGCGAUCGGACAGGACUACAACAUGCUGGCCAAGGUCGUCACGGACUACAUCGCCAGUGGCAAGGUCUACGAGACCACGGGAGCGCCCCGCGGCAUCCAGUACGACGGGCCCAUGCCUAUGGACGUUGGGCUGGUGAAUGAGAAUGGGGACGUAGGAGGCCGGGAGAAGAAGAAGUGCGACAAGUGCGGGAAGCCAGACCACGAGGCCAAGGACUGCGGAUCACACAUCAAGUGCGAUAAGUGCGGGAAGCAAGGCCACAAGGCUUCGGAGUGCAGAUCGAAGCCAGAGAAUGCUGAAGUCAAGGGGAUUGUCAACGAGGAGGACGAGCUGUGGGUCAUGGGCGUCGCUGAGAGUGUGACCACCAUCAAUGACAGCAGCAAGUACGUGUGGGUCUCGAUCGACAGCGGGUCGGGCGCCGAUGGGUGUCCCCUCGGCUUCGGUCGCUCGAGCGACGACGUCGGCGAUCCCACUAGCGCGGAGCUGAGGACGGCCACGAACGACGAGAUCCAGGAUUACGACGAGCGGAACGUCGGCAUCGCGUUCCUGGACGAGACAGGCCACGAGGUGAUGGCCACGAACCGAUUCCGCAUCGGGGACUUCAGCAAGCUUGUGCUCAGCUGCGGCAUCAGGGUCAUGAGAAGGGCUGUCAUCCACCUUGAGACGGGGAACAGCUACAUGGCCCCGCCAAGCGUGAAUGGCAUUCAGAGGCGGGUGCUCACAGACAUCGAGUGGCACCUGUGGUCGACCCAGUGGCUCAAGAGCAAGGGCCAGCGCCAGCACCGCCACCAGAACCUCAAGCUGCACCUGCGCCGCCAGAACCUCAAGCUGUACCUGCACCACCACAGGGCACGCCUGAAGGAACUGCGGAGGCUUGGGGUCAUCGAUGCAGCCAUCUACGGCACCAAGAAGCAGCUAUGGGAGAGGCUCGUCAAGUGCGAGCACCAGCUGGAUGAGAAGAUGAAGGUCAAGGAGGCCCUCGAGGAGCGCCAACGGCGACUCCAGGAAGGCGUUGAUCCCGAAGUACCGAGGACGCUGAAGAUCCCAGAGGGACCAGACGCAGAGACCGUGAGGCAGCAUGAGCUCACCCACGCGAAGUUCGAGCCUUGGUGCCUGGAGUGCGUGUUCGGAAAGGGAGAUGCUGCACCCCAUCGGGGAGUCCAGUUUCUCACGGACAGGGAGCGAGAGGUGCCUGUCGUGCAGAUAGACUACCACUUCUUGAAGGACGGCGGCGAUGAGGCAGAGGAUGCGGCCAACCGCUUCUCCACCACGUUGGCCGUCAUCGCCUGCGACACGGGCGUCCCUCUGCAGCUCAGCCUCCCAGAGAAGGGAGGCAACCGUGACUAUACGGUGACCUCGAUCGUGAGCUUCCUCAGGAGGCUGGGCGCCACGCAGCUCAGGCUCAGGAGUGGCGGAGAGCCGGGCAUCGUCAGCAUAGCGAACGCGGUGGCGACCAAGAGGCUCAAGUUCAACAACGACAAGCAGAAGAUCUUGCAGGGCCAGACCAGGACGAUCAGAGCUGCAACAGAGAAGAUGCUGGGUAUCAAGAUAGGGCCAGGUCAUGUUUUGUGGCCGUGGCUUGCUAGACACGUGGGCUUCAUCACGGAGAUGUUCCACAUAAAGGCAAAUGGACGGACUCCUCAUCAGGAUGCGACUGGCACCAAGUAUCAUGGCGUCGUCCUGAGGUUUGCAGAGGCCGCCAUGUUCAAGCAUCCGAUGUCGCCGAGUGGCCACAUGACUGGAGGCAGGCGCAGUCGCAAGUCAAAGUCGACGUGGGAAAAGGGCAUCCUCUUGGGCAAGACCUACGAGAGCGACGAGUUCCUCAUGGGGACGAGCAGCUUGGUGCACUUGGUCAGGACCGUGCGCAGGCUCCCAGAGGAAGACCAAUGCGACCUCGAGCUCGUGGCCAAGAUGGUCGGGGUCCCCUGGGACCGAGGCAUCGGCCAGAUCGGAAGGCCGAAAGGCAAGAGGGUGGUCAUUCUCCCGACUGCCCCGCCCGAGAAGAAGCAGGAGGAGACAGAGGUCGACGACGCCAAGGAGGAGAAGAAGGUUCCAGACACCACGGUUUAG